AUGUCACUUUACGGGAAAAUAAACUUCAAUAAUCCGUCUAAAAACAAUGAUAUCAAUAAAGGAUCUAUUGAACGAGAACCUAUUACUUAUACAGAACAACAAACUGAAGUUAAGAAAAGCACAAUUACACAAGAAAUAGAUGAACAUAGAAGAAUGACAUCAGCUGCAUUGCAAUUUCAACCUAUUCGUAGACCUCCACAAGCAAAAAAAAACAUAAAAAAAACUAUUUCUUCAACAUCCUCAUCUUCAGCUGUGUCCGUACAACCACAUAUUGUCCUUCAGAAUGUCAGUAGUUUAGAUUAUUGGAGUCACAAAGAUGAAGAUAUAAAUGAAAGCUAUGAUGGAACAGAAAGUCGAAAAGCAGCAAAAAACCGUAAAAAAAAAAAAAAAAUAAAAGAUAAUGAAGUAGAAAUGAUAUUGUGGGAUGAUCCAUAUGAUCCUUUUAAACCAAAUGAUUAUGAAGAAUACAAAAUGAGUGAUGAAGCAAUUCAAGAAAUGAUUGAUUGGAAAAAUAAAAAAGAAGGAAAGACUAACGUAGACAAUACAGAAAAAUACAAAAAUAUAGACUUAGUAGAACGAUUUGCUCCUCCCGCAAGUUAUUCUCCACAACUUUCAAAUACAUUUCCAGAAGAUGUUACUCCAAUUAACAGUAUACCUUCUAUAUCGUUAGAUGAAACGGCAGAAGAAGCAUAUGCUCGGCGCGUUGCAAUGUCACAAAACAGAGAUAUAGUAAUAAAUCAAUCAAAUUAUUCUAGUGAACCUUCAUAUGAAAAAAAUACAUCUAUUUUAUCAUUGCCAUCUACUAUAAAAAAUACAAAUGAUCAGAAUACUGAAAAUUUAGUCAGUGAGGCAAUGGAUCAACCUAUAGAUACCUUUAAUGAUGAAGAGCAUACACAAACUUUAAUCAACAAUAUUACUAUUACUCGAGAGCCCCAAAUUUAUAAUACAAAUACAGCUAAUACAGAAGAAACUGAUUUCAAAGAAAGCAACUAUGAAAACUUAAAAAAUUCUGAGUCAUCAGAAGCUCAAAAUAAUUCUAAUAUGCCUGGUCAAAAGAAGUUUGCUGAAAGAUUAAUGAAAAAAUAUGGAUGGGAGAAAGGCAAAGGCUUAGGUGCAUCUAAUGAUGGAAUUGUCAAUCCUUUGGUUGUAAAACAUUCAAAAGAUCGCAAAGGCACAGGUUCAAUAAUAAAUAAAAAUCGUUCUUACGAAAAAACUGGAAAAUUUGGAAAAAUGAGCAAAGUAAUUUUGUUAACGAAUGUUUCCGAAUUAGAAACUUUAGAUGAUGAUUUAUCGCAAGAAAUAGGGGAUGAGUGUAACAAAAGUUAUGGAAAAGUUGAACGAUGUUUUGUAUACAAAAAUAUUAACAGCUCUUUAACUAGCGAUAUUGUAAGAGUAUUUGUUCUUUUUACUGAUGCUAUUAGUGCAUUAAGGGCCGUCAAUGCCCUCGAUGGUAGAUUAUUUGGGGGUAAAGAAAUUAAUGUUAGAUUUUAUGAUAUAGAUAAGUUUGAAAAUGGUCAAUACGACGCAUAA